AUGGACAAUCCGAAAUUAUUGCGAAAAAUCAAUCUAACCUUGAUUCUGAUAACAUGUCAACUUAUUCUAAUCAUCACUUUUGGCGGUGGUUGGUCUAGCACCGGUUUUGCUUUGAUCCCAUAUCCUUCGGUAAGCUUUUUCUGGAAAUUUCGGAUGGCACAAUAUUUUUUAUGAAACAUUUUUUUUGGGUGAAACACUUUGAGCUCUAAAUCAACAACCUUGUUGGUUUCGAUGAUUUUUAUCAUAAACUUUGAAUAUUUUUAUGGCGCAAGUAGUAUUGAUAAGCAAACUAUGCGAAACUAAUAAACUGUGACUAAUUUUUGGACAGAAAACAUGAUAUACAAAGAAUUUAUGACGUGGCAAAGAGGUUUUUGAAAUCAGAGUUCAGAUUUCAAAAAGAUCCAAUAAACUUUAAAACUCAAGUUUUUCAGUGCGAAAAAGUGAAUUUUUUCCAGUUAUAUUGGUGGGCAUCAACAACAGCAAUAAUUCUAUAUAUCGCCUUGGCCAUCACAUUUCUCUACAUCGCGUGGCUUGUUGUUCAAGUCGUCUACCCGGAUAAAAUCCCAUUAGAUCUCAAAAAUAUCAUGUUCAUCGAUAUGAUUGUUUCUGGAAUUCUAUCGUUGCUGUUGAUUUUUGCAUUCAGUUUCUUUGCUGGCGGAUUCAAUGGAUCAACGUACAGUAUUUUUCGGGUGAGAUUUUAUUUACAACUAUGCAGCUUAAUCGUAUCUUGAAAUUAUUUCAGACUCUUGGAUACAGUUUCUGGUUUUGUGUGAUUGCUGCAAUAACCGGGGUUGGCUCGAUGAUUUCAGCCGGUUUAGGAUGGUUUAGAUCAUAA